AUGGCGGCGUCCAUAGGUGCAGGUCUGCUUUGCAGGAGGUUAAGAACACAUGGCCUGACUUUUCAAAGAUACAAAUUCAAGAAGAAAUGGGCUGCCACUCUUCCGAACAUUACCUGUUCAAGGUUAGCACUGCAGUACUUUGAUAUGAAUUAUAGUUUGCAGUUUGGUGAACUGUGGCCUUCCAUCCGCAUCAGCCUUCUCUCCGAACAGAAGUAUGGAGCACUUGUAAAUAGCUUUUCCCAAAAGCCUACGGUUAUACAAAAGCUGAGCACCUUAAAUGCCGCAGACUUUAUUUUUGAGGCUGAGAGAUCAGUCUCGGACUUGCAGUUGGAUACUUUAAAGGACUCCAAAGUAGUAAAAGAGGCAAAUGAAUUUCCACUGGAAGCAGAUGUUCUAGAACCUCAAACACAACAUCUUCCAAAAAAGCAAGCAUCAAGUCUGAUGUCAUCACUGCUGUAUUCAAGUCUCUCCUGCUUUACAUUUUCCAGGGGGGAUAUCAGCCGCUUCCCAUCACCCAGGUCAGACAUCUUUGGGCAUCUGGAAUACUAUCUGAUGGACGCUGCAUCUCUGUUACCUGUGUUGGCAUUAAAUGUACCACCUGAUAGUGACGUUCUAGACAUGUGUGCUGCCCCUGGUGGAAAAAUGCUGGCACUUCUGCUGGCUGGAAACUGCAGACACCUUACUGCCAACGAUAUGUCCAUUUCACGCAGCGGUCGGCUCCGUAGGGUCCUGCUGUCUUAUAUUCCCAGAGAAUUUCGAACAGAGGACAAAGUGCGCAUUACGUCAUGGGAUGGCCGGAACUGGGGCGAGAACGAGAGCAGUGCCUAUGACCGGGUUCUGGUGGAUGCCCCAUGUACCACAGACAGGCAUUCCCUUCUUGAAGAGGACAACAACAUUUUCCAUCGAUUGAGGACUAAGGAGCGUCAGAUGUUGCCAAUGGUCCAGAUUGAGCUGUUGGUGGCUGCCCUGCAGGCAGUAAAGCCAGGAGGUGAAGUGGUAUACUCCACGUGCUCUCUGUCCCAGCUGCAGAAUGAGUAUGUAGUGCAGCGAGCAGUUGAGCUUGCUUCCUCUGAACACGGAAUUCACACAGAGCUCCAAGACCUUAGCUGCUUCAGAGAGAUUUUCAAGAACAUUUUCAACUUUUCUACAGACUGCAGGAUAGGGGAAUUGGUCCUCCCUCAUCUCACUGCAAACUUUGGGCCUAUGUACUUCUGUAAGCUAAAGCGCCUGCCCUAGCCUCAAGUAUCUGCAGCAACAGAAGCACACGGAACAACAUUUUAAAGCAAGGUCGUGACAACACACAAAGUCCUGGAGUUCCAGGCACUCUCAAAAACCCCUGCAGCUGCUUGCAUUGUUCUGGCUGGCAUUCCUUUAUUUUUGAGGCUGUCUCUUAAAAAAAAUUAAAAAAAAAUAAAAAACCCAAGCAAACCCCAAAGGACAUUUCUCGUAUAUAUAAAGAGUGACCCAUACGUUUAUUAAUAACAUUUUCCAAAAUAAUCUGUAUGACCAUGAUGAAUAGGAAAUAUAACAGUCUGUGACUAGUAGCCCAUGGAUGUGCACGGCUGCUAUACACGGACAAUCUGACGACAGAGGAUUAGUUCUUCCCGGUAGCAGUGUUUCCACUUCCUCUUUAAAGCAGGAGACAUCAUAAUAGUGCAACAUUGUGUUUUCCAAAACAAACAAUCAGGGAGUUCCUUUAAGCAAUAUAAUAGUAUUAUAUACAGUAAUAUGGACAACAAGCAAGAGAUAACAGACAGACAUGUAUGUAUGUUAAUGUUUGAAGACUUGGACAGAGCUCUGUAAUGAAUCAAAAACUGUAUUGCACAAUUUGGACUAAAAUAUCCUUGGUAUGAUAUAAGACCUGCGCAAAAAUGUUGUUCAGCCAGUUUAUCCGAAUCAGAAUUCAUUUAAUCCAAACAUAGGAUUCAUUAAAUAAUAUCCCGGACAAUUCAAUUCGUUCAGGGGUGGAUUAACAAGUUUUUAUGGCACAUUGGCUCCAACUAAUUUUUGUGCAAGUCUAGUGAUUUACAGAAACGUGUAUGUUCUAUUAAUCUCCAUGAAAACCUACAAACAAAAGUAAUUAUGGUGUUGAUCCUUUUUAAAUAUCAUGAACAAAUAUGAAGUAUUACAUUAAACUCAACUGAGCCAAAGGCUCAAAACUCAGACUAUAGAUAUAGAUAUUCAGUGCUUGCUAGGCAUUGCCCAGCUUUCUCCUUGUUUAACCUGACCUAAAAAGAAGGUCCCAACCAAUAGUGUAGCACUGUAUCAAUAAAUACAGUUUCAGAAUAUGAUACUAUUUACACUCGCAAUUUCAAUAUACCUGUGCUACCUGUUGGGGGUGUAUGCCUCGGCUGCAUGAGCAGAAAAGUGCAAAUAUAAGAACAGCGCUAUCCCAAAUCCUGGGGCCUAUAGUAAACCAGCAGGCAUGUGAGUAAAAGCAGAAAGCUUGGGUUCACCAUGUGCUGCUCCAGUCUUUCUCUACAGCUCUUUGAAGAUAGGAGCUACUAAUCAGGAGCUUCUGUUAGCUUUCCGGAGCGGCGCCCUGCACUGCUGAGGUUGCCUGCUCUCACUGACCUGUAUUGGAGACAGGAAGCAGUAACCAACAGACCUCAGGUAAGAAGUGACACCAUUCUAACAUGGUUUGACUCCCUUCAGUAGGGAUGCGCCAGGGUACUACUGUCACCAUAACCACUACAGCAGGCUAUAAUGUUUAGGAUUCUUGCAGUGCUUCUUUAAAUAAAAGAAAUGCAAAUAUAAUAUCGAAUUUUAUGUUUGUAAUUUCUAAUAGAUUUUAUUAUCUUUAUUUUAGUUUUGUUUCCUAUUUCAUAUUUAGUAGUAUUGACAAAGUUCAGAGAUUAUUGCCAUUUAUUUAUAGAGUGACGACAGUACCGUGGUGUCAAAUACAUAAUUUUUCUGGAAAUUCCAGAA